AUGGCAGCUCUUCGCUCACCAGUCGGCGCUCUGCGCUCUGCUUUCAGGCAACCCGCUAGCGUGAGUUGUGGUUGUGAUGUCUUGGCGAGAAGUACUGCACCAUACUGACUCGUGCAACCUUGAUGCUAUGACAGAGAUUGCUCAGCCAACGUCCAGCAUCGGCCUUUUACAGCACCACAGUCGACUCCUCGAACGCCGAGUCUGUGCACAUCACUGCCGCAUCCUCGUCCGCCACUGGCGUACCCUCGGGUGAUAGCGAGCCAUUCACAGUUCAGUUGGAUGCCAACUCAUUCAAGGCAUACAAGACCGACAUUCCUUCUCUGGAGAUCGAAACCAGCAAGAACCAGUUGCUCCACUUGUACGCCGAGAUGGUCAAGAUGCGCAGAAUGGAAAUGGCUGCAGAUCAGCUAUACAAGCAAAAGCUGAUCAGAGGGUUCUGCCACUUGGCCAUCGGCCAGGUGAGUGCCGAAAGCUGAGCAGAGAGGGCGUCUGGGCGCAGCAAUAGAAGCUUAGGUCCCGAAACUCCCCUUGAUCUUCGCAGGAAGCCGUCGCUGUAGGCAUGGAAGCUGGCAUGAAGCCCUCCGACAAGUUGAUCACAGCCUACAGAUGCCACCCAUUCACUGUGCAGCGCGGAGGAACGAUCAAAUCCGUGAUUGCUGAGCUCUUUGGUCGCGAGGCUGGCAUCAGCAAGGGAAAGGGAGGGUCUAUGCACAUGUUCACCCCUACCUUCUUUGGCGGCAACGGUAUCGUCGGUGCACAAGUGCCAGUCGGCGCUGGACUUGCUUUCGCUCAAAAGUAUCUCGGAACUCAAGACGCCGUAUUUGCAAUGUACGGUGAUGGUGCAUCGAACCAAGGACAAGUCUUCGAGGCUUUCAACAUGGCCAAGCUCUGGGAUUUGCCGUGCGUCUUCGUCUGCGAGAACAACAAGUACGGCAUGGGUACGAGCGCGGAACGCUCUAGUAUGAACACUCAGUACUAUACUCGUGGUGAUGUCAUUCCCGGUAUUCAGGUCAACGCGAUGGACGUCCUGGCUGUUCAAAAGGCGACGAAGCACGCCUCCGAAUUUACGUUGGCUGGCAAUGGACCUCUGUUGAUGGAGCACGUCACCUACAGAUAUGGUGGACACUCUCUGUCUGACCCAGGAACGACGUACAGAACCAGAGAUGAGAUUCAGUCCAUGCGAAGCUCGUCAGAUCCCAUUCAGGGACUCAAGAGCAAGAUUUUGGAGUGGGGUGUGGUGGACGAGGCGUCGCUGAAGAAGAUCGACAAGGAAGCGAAGGAGGAGGUCGAUCAAGCUGUGGAGGAGGCCAAGCAGAGUCCCGAGCCUGACGCAAAGGAGCUUUGGACCGACAUUUAGUGUGUAAAGGAAGCUUUGACACGGCGCACAAUCCUUCGCUGACUUGAUCGCGCAAUAUUCUUAUUUCCGCUCGCAGCUACAAAGGCACCGAGCCAGACUGGAUGCGUGGCCGCACUCUCGACGAGUGAGUGAGCUGUGUAUGGUCAAUCUUGUUGGUCAUUGUGCUGACGACCUGACUUGACAUUGAAUGGUAGGAUCCACCGCUUCCGCUGA